AUGCGCUUCUUCGAAGAUGGGGACCUUACCGUAGGGCUCAAAGUAGCUCCAAAUUCCCACUCAAUUGAUUUCAUCGAGGGCGAGUGGCACAUCAUGUGGGCUCACGUCGACGGAAACCAGCGUACCACCAACUACGACGAGUCAAAUGCGCUUCUUGCGAUGGGCGUCACGAUACGCUCGAUUGAGCCCUCGGACAAGCGCAAGAAGGCUCCAAACGAGAAUAUAUCAGUCGAGCUUAGGUUUCUUCAAUGGGGGCUAGAAUAUAGAGGUCACUAUAACACCGAGGGACCUGCAACCAAACUAUCACUGGCUCAUAAUUCGACGCCAAACAAGGUCGAGGCAGACGACGACGCAUAUCUUGUCUUUGGUGCAGUCCGCGAUGACCAAGACUUUCCUUUUAUUUCAUUCAUGACAGCGGUCUUACCCCGCGAGGCAAAUUUACAGCACUAUCAAAACAUGGAAUUCGUAGCGAAGAAAACGGACGAGAUUGGCAUUCAUCCUCUCGAACUCACACGGAAUGAGCGGUUGCGCCUUGGCUUCAAGAUGAACAAUGAUGGUGUGUUCGAAGACUUCUCCAACUCAUCCUCUUCCGUGGACAUUCAGUCCUACCUCGAGAGAGCGCGACCAGGGGCAGUCAAUGUUGACCUUGGGGAGAACUAUACAAAGCUGAUGCAAGAGCUCAAGAUUCACACCGAAGCGCGAGCACAUAUCAAACAGCAAUUGCGUGACCUGAAAAAGAGAAUGGAUUCAGAAUACAAGGAGCUAAAUCUCUCUCCGUCUCCGUCUCCAGGCUCCCACAAAAAGUCGGCGCACACCAAUCGCACUAACGCAGCCAGUACCACUGCUCGGGCAGGCGGUCCAAAGAAGCGAAGGGCCUCUGGUACCGUCAAAAACUCUCAAAGACAUUCCACUGGCGACGGCAGCCUUGCUCCCCCUCGCAAGGGGCGUAAACGGCAACAAACUGCUCGCGCACGCGAUGCCCUGGAAAAGUCCAGACGGACAACUGUCAAUGGUCCUGUAAAUGGUAAUGUAGCAUCUUCAGAUGAGGCUGAAGUAUCCGAAUCGGAAGUCUCGUCCGAGGAAGGGGAAGAGGAGGAGGAAGAGGAGGACGCUGGUUCCCGCUUCUCCGCGACAGCUAUAGACGCAACCGCCGGCGCCUCGUCAGCAGAAGACCGAGCUCCACCCAGUGGCCCUGGAAGACGUGGCCGUAAUCCCCCAAGUGGGCCCAUGCGUCGGUGUGAUCUAUGUUCGAAAGAGGUGACCUCCAAGAAUUGGGGUGUACAUAUCAACACCAAUGUCCAUAAGAACAAUGUGGCUAGGGGGAAAAGGCCUCGCCAUAAUACUCAGGUGAAUGGAGAUGGCGAUGCGAUGCGAUCACCUCUGAGCCCCUCUGCGGCCAACAAGCUGCAAAGACCCAACAACAGCCUUCUAAGGGGCGGCCUGUCAGGUCUUGGCAGAGGUAGAGGUAGUCGAAGUCCGUCGUGA